CCAAUCGGUUUGCCAAUAAAACCUUAUAGGUACGAUCUCGUGAAUAAUUCAUGGAUUGGUAGAUUACCAUCUCGUAAAAAAAAUAAGAAACAGUGCUAAACAAACUUAUCAUCAACAAUAAAUUCACCAGCCGGGUUCAGGGCCGAAGACCAUCGUGCGUUAGUGGGAGAAGAACGCUUUAAUACCAUCUCUUUUGCCGGCUGAUGGUCAGUUUGGUUUCAGCUCUGUACAGUGUGGAGGCCGAAUCAGGGAACAUGUUGAAAGUUGUAGCCGUACUUGUGGUCGCCGUGGCGACUUUUGCCAGCGGUGCCCAGAAAUUGGAGACAGUCUACGAAUGGAAAGAGGUCGAGUUUGCUUGGCCCAGCGAGGAAGCCAAAGCCAACGCUAUCAAAGAGGGACAAUACAUUUCCGCUAAUAACUUGCCCCUGGGUUUGGAUAGGUGGAAGGAUAAACUGUUUGUCACUGUUCCAAAAUGGAAAGCUGGCGUAGCCUCGUCCCUCACCUACGUGGACUUAAAAAACAACAAUAAAUCCGCCCCCCUUAUUCCUUAUCCCGACUGGAAAGCCAACACCACACCCAAAGAUAAAGAUGCCAAAAUCGAAGACAAUCAAAUUGUGUCCACAUUCAGGGUACGCGUCGACGAAUGCGACAGACUUUGGGUCAUGGAUACCGGUCUCGAAGAUAUUCUUGGAUCUCCCAGACAAGUUUCUAAGCCUGCUCUUGUAGUAUUUGAUUUGACCACUGACAAACUUAUCAGGAGAAUCCCCUUGAAGGACUCUGUGUUGAAGGAGGACUCUUUCUUUGCCAAUGUGAUUGUUGAUGUUAACCCAGACAAGUGCGACAAGGCAUUUGCCUACAUCCCCGAUCUCGGAGGCUACGGCAUCGUCGUCUAUUCCUGGGAGAAAAACGACGCCUGGAGGGUGAAACACAACUUCUUUCACUUCGAUCCUCUCAAGGGAGACUUCAAUGUUGGCGGCGUCAACUUCCAAUGGACCGACGGAGUGUUCGGCUUAGCUCUAGGAGCCAAAGAAGACGGAGGUUACCGUACUUUGUAUUUCCACCCAUUGGCUUCUACCCGUGAAUUUUCAGUUUCUACUCAAGUAUUGCAAAACGAAACACUCGCUACUGAUCCACACUCCUAUCAUCUUUACACUAUUGAGGGUGAAAGAGGAGACAACACCCAAGCUUCUGCCUCAGAUUUCGAUGAAAAAUCAAACGUACUUUUCCUAACUCAACUCAACAGAGACGGUUUGGCUUGUUGGAAUCCAAGAAGAAAAUUGACCUCCGACAAUCUCGAACUGGUUGCUUCAGAUAAAGAAGAAUUAGUAUUUACCAACGACCUUAAGGUCGACAGGGAAAGAAACCUCUGGGUUUUAUCCGACAGAAUGCCUGCUUUCAUCUACAGAGGUUUGGAUCCAAACCAAAUCAACUACAGAAUAUUCAAAACAAAAGUAGAUGACAUUAUUGCUGGAACUAAAUGCGAAGCUUAAGUGAUUUUUAAUAUUAUUUUUUACUAUUUUAUUUCCUGUACGUGUUUAUGUUAAAAUUUUAUGUCGAGAAUGUUUACUGGUGAAACUAAAUAAAUAAAUAAAUUUG